AUAUAAUCAAGAAAAAUAACUUUCAUUCUACAUAGUUCCAACUAUUUUCUUGAAGCAACAGUACCAAUAAAAGAAAGAGUCCUUGAGGGGGCGGGUUAAGGUUUCUGUGAGGAUAUAAGAGUAAAUUGAAAGAAAGAAGGGGUGAAAUUGGUCAUAGAAAAGUCGAGCGCGGUAGACUAGUAAUCGUGGUUGGCGCUUCGGGGUGCCCGUAUAUAUAUAUAUAUUCAUUUCACAUUCAAAUCGCAACAGGUGGCGAUCAUCGUCAACUGCAUUUUCUCCCUCUUUUCGUUUUCGCUCUAACUGUUUCUCUCGAAUUUUGAGAGAUUCAGAUCCAGAUCCAGAUCUGAGCCAAAUCCGGGUUACUCACGUCACGUUCCCAAACAACAAAGAAAAAAAAAACCUAAAAAAGAAACAAAAAUGGCAACCGUUUCACCUCUCGCCAAAUACAAACUCGUUUUCUUAGGUGAUCAAUCGGUUGGCAAGACCAGCAUCAUCACUCGUUUCAUGUAUGACAAAUUCGAUACUACCUAUCAGGCCACUAUUGGUAUUGAUUUUUUGUCAAAAACAAUGUACCUUGAAGAUCGAACAGUUCGAUUGCAGCUUUGGGAUACCGCAGGACAAGAAAGAUUUAGAAGUCUGAUUCCUAGCUAUAUCCGAGAUUCUUCGGUCGCAGUUAUUGUAUAUGAUGUAGCCAACCGGCAAUCAUUUCUUAACACUAACAGGUGGGUUGAGGAAGUACGCACAGAACGAGGCAGCGAUGUUGUUAUCGUUUUGGUUGGAAACAAAACUGAUCUUGUUGAAAAAAGGCAAGUCUCUAUAGAGGAAGGAGAUGCCAAGUCGCGUGAGAGCGGUAUCAUGUUUAUAGAAACCAGUGCAAAAGCAGGAUUUAAUAUCAAGCCUUUAUUUCGCAAGAUUGCUGCAGCUUUGCCCGGGAUGGAAACUCUUUCUUCAACAAAACAAGAAGACAUGGUUGAUGUAAAUUUAAAAUCCACCACGAAUUCAUCCCAGACAGAGCAGCAAGGUGGAGGUUGCUCAUGCUAAAAAAGUGCUAUUCAUAACAAGGCCAAUAUGAGUCAGUUCACUUGGCACAAAUUAUUGGUUUGGCUACUAAAAUGGAAAGAUGCACGUAAGCCAAACGUGCUUUUGUACCAAUGCUCUUCAGUUUAGUUUGGUAGGGGUUAGCAUUGCAGUAAUGGUUUUGAUGUAAGAUAUAAAAAAAUAUUUUGAAAAUUAUUUAAUUUUCUUAUACAGUUAGUCCCUUUAUGUAAGAAUGCAGAUAAUAAACUGAUCUACAAAUUGUUUACCAGUUGACAACUUAUGGAGGAGGCAUCGUUAGUUUCUGAA